UAAUGAGUGAUCACGAAAACUCAAAUAUUGAAGAAGUCAUUACUAAGAUUAAAACCCUACCUGUAGCUGAAAGAGUGAAAGCAGUUGCACUCUUUUAUCACUUAAAACGCAAACAACAAUACGAAGAAGAGUUAGAAGAACAAGUUUAGAAACUCACAAUUGAAUAUGAUCACUUGAAUCUCCCUCUUUAUUAAAAGGUAAGAAUUUAAAUUCUAUUUCUUCUUAAAGUAAAAUGAACUCAUUCUUGGAUAAAGAGCUGCCACUGAUAUUGAACUCUCCAAUUCUGAUAAAUUUUUAAGUGAAGCAGAAAAAGCUAUUGUAGCUGAGAAUAAUAUAGCUGAACCCAUAGAUGACUAUUGGUUCAAAGUACUUAAAAAUUCAGUUGUUAUUGGUAAUAAAUAUUUUAAUUAUGUUUUAGCUGAUGUAUGUUAAGAUAAUGAAAAAGAUUGGGAUGUAUUGAAAUCACUCUAAAAAGUAGAAUUAGAUCUUGAAGAAAAUAGUCAUAAUUUCACUAUCAAACUUACUUUUGCACCAAAUGAUUAUUUUACUAAUACUGUUCUCACAAAGAGAUUUAUAUUUGAAAAAGCAGGUGAGACUCCAGUAAAAAGUGAAUCUACUCAUAUUGAAUGGAAAGAAGGAAAGAAUGUUACUUAAAAGAAAGUAUCAAAGAAAUAAAAGAAUAAAAAAACUGGAGCAGCUAGAACUGUUGAUAAAGUAGUAGAUACACCUAGUUUCUUUGGAUUCUUCAAAGAUUUUGAUCUUACAAAUAAAAAAGAUCUUGAUGAUGAAGAAGUUGAAAAAUAAGAAGAUUUAAUGAAUGAACAUUUUGAUAUUGCAACAGAAUUCCUUGAUUCUAUUGUACCAUGUUCAAUUGAAUUGUUCUUAGGAUUACAACCAGAAAUGGCUGAAUUAGAUGAUGAUGAAGAAAAUGAUGAUGAAGAUGAUGAGGAUGAUGAUGAUGAUGAAGAUGAUAAAAAAAAAUCUGUAUUCUAUUUAAAAUUAUAUAUUAUUAGAAAAGAAAGAAGUCUAGUAGUAGCAAAGGUGAUAAGAAUGAAAAUAAAAAGACUGAAAAGCCAGAAUGCAAAUAAUAAUGAUCUAUGUGU